GGACGAGAUGAUAAACAGGGAAGGAAGCUGCAAGUCCUGGCAACGACGGCGUACGUGCUCAGUGUCGUCAUAUGCGCGGGGUUGGUACUGGUCACGUGGAUUCCUCCCUGCACCGCGGCGUCACGGCUUCUGCGCAGGCUCUGAUAUCGUCCGCUGUCGACACCUCCUCUCUUUCCUGUUAUUCUGACUUUGCAUCUCUGCUGAUCACAAUGUCGAAAAUGCAGAGCUCUUCACGUGCGUCGUCGGACAAGCUCUCGCUGCGCUCGUCCGCGCCGUCGUCUGUUCUUGCUCCACGUCGCGCGACAAUCUACGACCGCAACGUGAACAGACGGGCUCCCGAUCUCGCGCUUUCUGCAUUUGCUUUUCUGUUUUCCGAAAUGGUGCAGUACUCUCAGAAGAAUGUCAAGGGCGUGCAGGAGAUGGAGAAUAAACUCUCGGCUUAUGGAUACCACGUCGGCCAGCGAGUGCUUGAAUUGUCUGCUAUCCGUGAGAUCAAAAACGCAAAGCGCGAGACCAGAGUGCUUGGACUGCUGCAGUUUAUCAACACAACCAUCUGGAAGGCGAUCUUCGGCAAACCCGCCGAUGCCUUGGAAAAAUCAAAAGAUCAAGAGGAUGAAUACAUGAUCAUUGACAACGAUCCGAUAUCAAACAAAUACAUCUCAGUCCCGAAAGACAUGCCAUCACUAGACUGUGCCUCGUUCCAAGCCGGUGUUAUCGAGGCUGUUAUGGACGGCUGUCAGUUUCCUGCCCGCGUCACCGCGCACUCUGUGCCGACAGAUCUUCAUCCACUCAAGACCGUCUUUCUCGUCAAACUUGAUCCGCUGGUGUUGGAGAGAGAGCGGUAUAUGCGAUAGUGUGUUUGGUCAUUUGUUCGUGUUUAUGAUAUGUUUGUAGUUGGUUGGCGUUUGCUUGCAUUUUGUUACUGUAC